AUGGCCGCGGCAUUCGCGGCCGGAAGUGCGCCCCGCAGUACUACAUCGAUCCUCCUGGCGUUACUGCUGCUAAUGCUGUGCGUUCUGCGGCAGGUGUUGGCCGCGAAGAACUACACACUCAAACCACGGGUAGUCCUGCCGGAAGACUAUGUCAAAGAGGUUCGGCCACCGUCGCGAAAGGGCAGCCCGGUCGUGGUAGAGUUCAGUAUAUUCGUGGUAGAUAUCAAUUCCAUAAAUGUCGAGGAUAUGGACUUUAGGGUAGACAUGUUCGUGCACCAGAAGUGGGUCGAGUCGCGGCUGGAUCUGCACGACGACAUUUUCGAGGAGGGCGACGAUCACGUAAUACUUCCGCCGGAGUUUUUCGAUAACCUAUGGCAACCGGAUCCGUACUUUCUCAACUCGAAGAUUUCAGAAAUCGCAACGCUCACGCACAAGUUCUCGUCGGUGACGCUGUACAAAAACUCGACCGUUCGGUACGCGUGUAUGAUGCACGCCAUCAUCGCGUGCCAGAUGGAGUUCCAGCUCUACCCGAUGGACAUCCAGAUCUGUCCGAUCUACAUUGAGAGCUUUUCGUACCACAACCAGAAGAUACGGCUCAAGUGGGCCGACAACGGCGUCACGAUCAACCCGGAGCUGAAGUUGUUGCAGUACAACCUCGGCCGACCUUUGCAGCUCGAGGAGACAGACGGGUACAUGCCGGAAAAGUAUGGAAACUUCUCCCGGCUCGCGGUGUACUUCCGGUUCGAACGUCAGAUUGGUCACCAUCUCAUACAGACGUUCGCGCCGUCCUCGCUCGUGGUGAUGCUGUCGUGGUUCAGCUUUUGGCUCGGGCUGGAUGCGAUCCCGGGCCGGGUAACGCUGCUCGUCACCUGCAUGCUGACGCUUGUCACGAUGUUCACCGGGAUGCGGGCGGAUAUUCCACCAGUGGCCUACGUCAAGGCACUCGAUCUGUGGAUGGCCGGCUGCAUGCUGUUUGUGUUUUCGGCCCUGGGCGAGUUCGUCGUGGUGAAGGUACUAGACGUCCAAUACCAGUACCAAGUCAACAAGGUCCCGAAAGUGCUGCCGAUGCGCAUCAGCGCGAUGGAGAAGGGCCAGUGCGUGGGCACGGUUGCCAACUGGGAGGGCGGAACGGUGAGUGUGCGGCCCCGGAAGCCAACGCAAACGCCGACCACGCCGGGCCAAGUGUCACUACAGGGCAACGGAGGACCACAGCCACCGCCCCCGACGAAGCAGCCAACCCGGCGCCAGAGCAUCCUGUCCGUGGCCUGGACCGACACCGACACCGGCAUCGAGAAGAUCAUGUGGCGUGAGAUCGACAAAAUGUCGCGGAUCGUCUUUCCGGGCUUGUUUCUCGUCUUCGUCGUGCUCUACUGGCCGAUACUGAUUUUCAAAACCUCCUAG